AUGUUUCGUUUGAACAGUGACAUGACAAUCCAAGUGUCAAGAAAUGAAUCGAAUUCUUCCGAAAGUUAUGCAAUAUCCGAUGAUACGAUAAAAUUAUUGAAAAACGAAAACUAUGUCGAACCCAAGGUGUAUGGAAAAGGAAUAACGAAUGGAUUACCGAAGGGAGUUAUGACUGGUUUUUUUGUCGAAUCCCAAAACGGAUUAAAGGAUGUUGCCGUCUGGGUUUUCGCAGGUAAAUUAAUUGAACAAUCAUUUGCCACCGCCAAAUUCAUUUCAAAAUUUGAAAGAAUAAUCGAAAUUUGGUGAUAAUUUCUUGGAAAAAAUCAACUUUGAGAUAAAAACUUGGGAAAAAUCUUCCUGUGCUGAAAAAUAACCACAUAUUUUAACGAAUUUUUGAUAUAGAAAACGAGAAAAAUAGAUUAUCCUCUAUUUUCAGACUCAUAUAGUAUUCAAGUGGACUCCGAAGAUUGUGAAGAAGAUCCAAAUAAACGUUUUUUUGUUUAUAAAACCAGUGGAGAAGUAGUCGACGUUAUUGUAUCUUUCAAAGGCAAAAUUAUAACUCUUAACCGAAUCCAUAUUUCUAAACAAAACGUGAAAGCGACAAAUAAUCGAUAUGCUGAUAAAAACAAAGAUUUAUUACCAAGAUCGAGUAGAGAUCCAGGAACGACCACCACGAGAUCAUCGAUUUCUUCUAGAUCAACAAUUGAAAAUGCUAGGAGUUCGUCGCCCAGAAAUGAAUAUUCCGUUGAUAAUCAAACAAUAAUAAUUUCGCCUAGACAAAAGUUGAAUUCUGCACCAACAUUGUCGAAUUCUGAAGAUACAGAUACAACAAUCCAACACGCUGAUUCUUCAACAUAUUUAUCGGAAGAAUCUUACUAUGUCAGUAGAUCAAAUGAAGUUUUUUCAUCACCAACAGUGUCAAGAAUUACUCGCGGUACCUUGGAUAAGCGUAGGUUUCAAAUAUUUCAUAAAAGCACAUCUGGAGAGUGAGUGUACUAUAAGUGUUUUUGGCAUUGUGCCAAAAUGUAAAAUAUUCAUGAAUUUCGAAAACAUACUUAGUUUUCAACAAUUUUCAUUCACUUUUAUCAAGUUAGAAAAAAAGUCAUCGAAUUUAACGCCGAAAAUUUCAAAACCAAAAAGUUGUUUCGAGUACAGUACAAAUCUCGAAAAAAUGAUAUAACCCAACAAAUAUUUUUUUUUCAAUAGAACCAAGAAAACGAAAAAUCAUAUCCUUGAAAUUUCAACAAAUAGAACAUUUUACAGAUUCGCUCCGUUCUCAAAAUCGACCAACAUCAUUCCAACCAGUUGCAUCUUCAACAAUGGUUGUUGAAACGGGUGCCUCUUUUAAUUUGUGAGUUUUUUUUGAGCAGUACUGAUGUUAUCCAACUCUUUGAUAAUUUCAGGAGAAGAUUUCCAACAACUUCGAUGGAAACACAGCAUGUAAGUUUUAUUUUCUCGUGAAUAACACAUUAAAAUUUAAUUCAUUUUAAAGAUAAAAGCUGCGCUGGCCGAACAUUUGGCGAAAUAUGGUUUCCCAACAGAUUUGCUCGUUGAUGGUACAACACGUAUCGGAAAUGAGUCUGUUCCAUACGUGGUUAUUUCGAAAAUGGCAACGUAAGUUUUUAAUAUCAACGUUAAAAAAAACAAAACUCAUAUUUUCAGUUACUCUAUUGAGGGAUGUCGUCGUAGCGAUCGAAUUUUUCGUUUAAAUAUGGUCAAAUUGGUAGCAUCAUACUAUGGAAUCAAUCCUCGUUCUUUAUCUGAUCGUUUAACGAAACAUAUGAAACAAAGAGGCGUGACUGAUGCAAAUACUUGGCAAGAAUGUUCUAGUUUGUUAUAA